CUCACUCCCGAAUUUUAAGGCAAAAACAAACAAUCCCUAAAAAUGCCAAAAUACGACACAGCGCAAAUGUGAGUGUGCGCGCCUGGCACAUCAUUCGACCCGAUUCACCACUCUCUCUCUCUCUCUCUCUCUCUCUCUCUCUCUCUCUCUCUCUCUCUCCACAUCCGCCAUUGAAGAAGCUUUCGAUUGCUGAGAAGAUUCCUCACUCGACGAUCGGAAAUAAUCUUUAUUCGAUGUGAUAAAUCUUUUCACAUUGUUUGAUUUGUGAUGAAUGGAUCUCAAAACCCAUAGAGAGGGGGAUUAACUCUGUGCAUUUAGGGUUUGUGGAAGCAAAUAAAGAUUUAGGGGAUUGGGAUAGUGUGUGUGUGCGCGUCUGAUAGAGAGCGAGGGAGAGAAAUGCCUAGCGUUGCUGUGAAAUUAUACAGUGUGUUUUUUAAAUUGAUAUUGAAGCGACGGUUACAGAAUCGAAUCCAGAACCCUAAUUUAAACGAUGAGACGAAUAGCUCAUUUGGCGUUACGUCACGUCCUGAAGAGACGAUCGUGGCUGCAAAUCCUUUGUUUACCGACGGCGUUGCUACCAAAGACAUCCAUAUAGAUCCUUCUUCAUGUCUCUCAAUUCGUAUCUUCCUUCCUGAAACGUGUCUCGUCUUGCCAGAUUCCGAUGUUGAUAGGCUUAGGGCGAAGAGAUCGGAACUUGAAUCCAGAUCCUUUCCAAGCAAUUCGGAAAAUGGCAUUCCUCGGCGUAACAGUUACGGUUCCGCAGAUGCGUAUAGUGUUUCGGCAACUCCAAGCAAUCGGAGGAGUAGUUAUUGCAAUGGUUUUAGUACGGAUGACCUGAAUUUGAAAUCGGAGAAUGGUGUUUACAGAGGUUAUUCUCCGUUCACUCACAGAUGUCGGAAACUGCCUCUGAUGGUUCAGUUUCAUGGAGGAGGGUUUGUGGCAGGAAGCUGUGAUUCAGCGGCUAAUGACUUCUUUUGUCGGAGGAUUGCUAAAAUGUGUGAUGUGAUCGUUGUAGCUGUUGGAUACAGGCUUGCACCUGAGAAUCGAUAUCCAGCUGCCUUUGAGGAUGGGAUAAAAGUGCUCCAUUGGUUGGCGAAACAGGCAAAUUUAGCAGAAUGUGGCAAAUCCCUAGGGAGAUCACCUGAUUCCAGAAAGUCAGAUGUUCAAGGGCAUAUUGCAGAUGCAUUUGGGGCUUCUUUGGUUGAGCCUUGGCUAGCUGCGCAUGGAGAUCCAUCCAGAUGUGUUCUUCUUGGUGUGAGUUGUGGUGCAAACAUUGCUGAUUACGUGGCUCGCAAAUCAGUGGAAUCUGCUAAACAACUUGACCCAGUGAAGGUGGUGGCCCAAGUUCUGAUGUACCCUUUCUUCAUUGGAAAUACCCCUACACGUUCUGAGAUAAAACUAUCAAACUCAUAUUUUUUUGAUAAAUCCAUGAGCAUACUCGCAUGGAAACUCUUCCUCCCUGAAGAACAGUUCAACCUAGACCACCCUGCAGCCAAUCCCCUCAUACCCAACAGAGGCGGGCCCCCUCUGAAGCGAAUGCCCCCUACAUUAACAGUUGUGGCAGAACAUGAUUGGAUGAGAGAUCGGGCGAUUGCAUACGCACAGGAGUUGAAGAAGGUGAAUGUGGAUGCACCUGUUCUUGAUUACAAGGACUGUGUUCAUGAAUUUGCUACUCUUGACAUGCUUCUUAGGACACCUGAAGCACAGGCUUGUGCAGAGGACAUUGCUAUAUGGGUGAAGAAAUAUAUCUCACUUAGAGGUCAUGAGUUUUCGUAUUAGCAAAACGGACUUUUUAAGGGAGGAGGAGAUAGAUAUCAUACAUAGAGGCACGCAUGGUUUUGUUCUGUUUUUUUUUGGUAAGAUCACACGAUUUGAUUUUCGUGAGAGUAUAGAUUGAGUUAUAUGAGAUAUAAUACCUACCUACCCAUUUUGGUUCAUCCCAUCCAUGUGCUCCAUGUUGGUGGAUAGAUUUGGUUUCCCUUGUAAAACUAGUGUAACAUUUGUACCCAUGGAUUAUUAUAUCCACAUGAAUCUCUCUCAUCUUGUGUUUAUUCUUCAUGUUUCACUUCCAUUGUAUGUCUCCAGUAUUAUAUGUGAGGUCAUUUUUAUUCAUUAGUUUA